CGGGGGAACCCAGGUGGCAGCCUGAGGACAUACGAAGUAGCCAAGAACGGGUCAAGGCUCCACCAACAGCGAUAGACUUGCUUCUGCCACGGUCUAGGGUUCGAGGCCUUGAACCCCCAGACCUCACAGAGGUUGGACAGUGAGGUUGGAGAACUCUCAAGGUAAUACUUCGAUUUUUUUCGAUUUUUUUUUUUUCACCCUAGUUCGGUUGGGUGCUCCGUCCUACGGGGCCCCAAAAUUAUUAUAAGAGGCCGCCACCGUGUUAUGGGCAUGCGCAACUGCCUCAACGGCAAUAAUAUGUCAGGACAACGCGAUACCGCCCUUGAGCUCGGGGAACAGCCCCAGCAGCCACCGUUGGAGGCCCCAGGGGCAGUUGCCCCCAGUCCUGGGACUAGCGCAGCCGAAGAGAUGGAGACCAAACCGUCUGUCAGUGAGCCCGUCCCCACCGAGGCUGACUACCAGGCCCAGGGACCUCCACAGGUCUCCGGGCCCUCAUCCCAGGGCCUCGGGCAGUCCAUCGAGGAAGACAGAAGCCUUGGAGGCUCCAGCCCACCUCCUGAGGAAGCUAUGCCUUUCGAGAUCGAGGAGCCCAGCUCAGGAGGCUUCUGGCCGAUCCUGGAGCAGCCCCGAUCCCAGCUUGGGUCGGGUGCAGGCCUCGGAGCCUCGGCCCCAGCAGCUGUGGAGCCUGGAGCCUUCGAUGGUGCCGGAGCAGACCUGGCAACCUACAGCCCUCCACCAGAGGAAGCCAUGCCCUUUGAGAUGGAGCAGCCCGGCCAGGCAGCUGUCAGCCCAGCUCCCUUGCAGCUCGGAUCCCUUGCUCUGGAAAGCCCAGGUAGGGGGGUCCCCAGUGCAUCCCUCGAGCUUCCCCGAGCCCUUGGGGCCACCAGCCCUGGCUUCGGAGACUACAGCCCUCCCCCUGAGGAGGCAAUGCCAUUUGAUUUUGACGGAGCAGCCUCUGGGGGUGACAGCCCACCCCCCGAGCGCCCCCCAGCCUGCCCUGAGCCCGACAGAGGCGGCCAGUCCCCAGCAGCCGUGGCCCCGGGUACGGUCCUCCUCGCUGCCGGCGCGGACCCUCCCCCGCUCAGGGUCCCCGGAGACCCCGACAGCCCAUCCCGAGAGGCUGCCAGAGCGCUUCCUGGCAUCGUGGGCACCAGCCCCCCGAUGGAAAUCUCCCGAUCCCCAGUCGAGAUUGGCAGCGCCCCCCGUGGGGUCGACGACGCUCCCGUCAGCAUGGACAGCCCCCCAGUCGCGCUUGACGGCCCGCCCAUUGAGGUCUCCCGAGCCCCAGCUGUGGCAGAGCGAGCCCCAGUUGUGGCAAAGCGAGCCCCAGUUGUGGCAAAGCGAGCCCCAGUUGAGGCAAAGCAAGCAGGAAGAGAGAGACCCCCAGUUGAGGGAGCAGCAGCCGAGAUGGAAAGAAGCUCUGGAGCCACCGGCGCCCAACGAGGCAAAGUCCCCUCUGCCGGAGACCGACGAGCCCCUGCCGCCGCCGGGGCCACCGCUGCCCGGGCUCUCCCUAUCACUGUCCGGGCUACCCCUGCCACUAUCCGGGGUGCCCCUAUCAUUGUCAAGGCUACCCCUGCCACUAUCCGGGGUGCCCCUAUCACUGUCAGGGCUACCCCUGCCACUAUCCGGGGUGCCCCUAUCACUGUCAGGGCUACCCCUGCCACUAUCCGGGCCGCCCCUGGCGCUGCCGCUGCCCCUGCCCGGGCCGUCCCUAGAGCUGUCACCGCUGUCCGGGCCACCCCUGCCGCCUGGGCCCGCACCCCCGGCCAGGUCGCAGCCCCUGCUGCCGCCGCAGCCACAGCCAGAGGCCGCCCCCAGCCGCAGCUCCUCCGACCCCCCAGCCCGGAGAUCCAGGUCGCCGAUCUUCCUAGUCCGGUGCCUCCUCGAGCGGCUGCACGGCGGGUCCAGGCUGGGCGCGGCCGCAGCCGCCGCCGCCGCGACGGAGGCUCCGACAGCAGCGACGACGAGCGCAACAGAAGAGCUAAGUCCGACGACGAGACCCCCAGCUGCUACUUCUGGGGUCAGUGCCGGCGCGGCCGCCACCGCCAGAAGCACCGCCGCAACUUGUUCCACAACUUCGUGCAAACCUUCGGAAGCUGCUUCAGAAGCCGUUCUGAGAGCCCCCAGUCCAGAGAGGCCCGAGACUCCAAAGGCAAGAAGAUGGUUCUGGAGGAGAAGCAGUACCAGAAGCGCAAAGAUGCGGUGGAGAAACGUGCUCAGAAGCAUGUGGAGAAGAAACGCAGCAAGCUCAUCGACAAGCAACUCCAGGACGAAAAGAUGGGGUACAUGCGUACGCACCGCCUGCUGCUUCUAGGGAGAAAAGUGGCGCAGAGCGACAUUGAGGGUCGUUUCCAGCUGGACAAGCCAGCGCCCGCAAGUAAGCAGCCCCGGAGCCCCAGGGGGUGGGGGUUGGCAGCACAGGCGGGGGCUUCAGGUGAGCCAGGACCCGCUGGGGAGGGGCCCGGGGCUCCCCCGGCGUUGUGGCCGGGGUGCGGUGGCUGAGGUCGUUGGAAGGUGCGCCCCGCCUCGUCUGGCCCGGCUGCUUGGACUCGGACAGCUUGUUCGUUGGUGUGUGUUGUCGUUCGUAUUCUGUGUGCGCCUGUGCAUGAUACGCUCAAGUGUCCCCCAACUCCCCACCCUGAGUAUCCGCCGACUGUGUACUCGUACUGUGGAGCAGGCUUUCUGUGUUUGGCGCCUGGGCACGGGCAAAAACUUUUCGUUUUGGCACACUCCUGGUGGGACCUGUGCGCUGGCGCGGUGCAGCGCAGAAAUACAGCAGGCACGGUGGCCGGACGACUUGGGAAGAGCCCGAGACCCUCUUCCUACGUCUGUGUUUUUCCCGGAGCCUUCCCAUCCCCCCCUCCCAGACCCUCUUCCUACGUCUGA